CGCACCUAAGGUCACACUAAAACCGUCGUACAAAAGCCCCUCCGUAAUUGCGGCAGAAAACAGUACAAAUCCGGAAUAAUAAACAAACGGAUUGAAGAAAUUUUAAGAAAAAAAUAUACAGAAGAAAGAUGACAGCCAUACCGGGACGUGCCUUGCAUUAUGUUUUCAAGAUCGGAGAUCGGGCCAAGAACGCCUUCUUCUUCCGCCAAAUUCUGGGCAUGAAGGUUUUGCGGCAUGAGGAGUUCAAAGAAGGCUGUGACGCGGAAUGCAAUGGACCCUAUGAUAAUCGCUGGAGCAAAACUAUGAUCGGUUAUGGCCCAGAGGACUCGCAUUUUGUGAUCGAAUUGACAUAUAAUUAUGGAGUAACAAGCUACGAAUUGGGCAACGAUUUUGGUGGCGUUACCAUACACUCCAAGGACAUCCUGUCCCGUGCCGCCAAGCAUUCGUAUCCCGUCAAGAAAAUCGACGGAAAAGAAGGCAGUCUUCUGACUUCUCCCGAUGGCUACAAGUUCUACAUCAUCGACCAGGCACCGGCGGCUGGCUCCGAUCCCGUUCAAUCAGUGGAACUGAAUGUCACUAAUCUGCCAAAAUCGAAGAACUACUGGCACAACCUCCUCCAGAUGCAGCUGCUCGAGGAGAAGGACAAGAGCCUGCGUUUGAGUUACGGCAGCAAGCAGGCCUCGUUGGUGAUCACAGAAAUCUCGGAUCCAUUGGACCGAGCCAAGGCCUAUGGACGGAUUGCUUUCGCUAUUCCGGCAGCCAAGCAACCGCCACUUCAUGAGGCUGUCAAGGCGGCCGGCACAACGAUAUUGAAGCCAUUGAUUACUCUGGAUACGCCGGACAAGGCAUCCGUUACGGUUCUCAUUCUGGCGGAUCCGGAUGGUCAUGAGAUUUGUUUUGUGGAUGAGGAGGGCUUUGGGGAGCUGUCUCAGGUGGAGAAAGAUGGCGAUUCCCGUCUGGACUCGUACAUUCGCAAGGAUCCCUUCCAGCCGAAGUGAUGUGACGGACUAUGUACCUUAAGAAAUGGAAUUUAUAUGGACAUACCAUUUUUGUAUUGCUAUUUGCGGUUGAAUUGUUAAUGUUUUCCACCUUUUUUUUUGAGAGAGAGAUAUUAUAUAUACAGAGUGUGAUUAUAUUUUGUGAUCAUACCUCUUAUUUAAACAAAGAAAUUUCUAAAAUUUUACAAUCUGGA